AUGGCCCGGGUCUGUUUAUGCCCCCCCACUCAUUCCCACUAUCAAACCGUCUUCACGUCCCCCAUUUCUUCGUCUCCUUCCUCUUUAUAUAUACAUACACCCUCUGCUAACCCUAAUUCAGAAUCCAGAUCACCCAUCACCCAAUCACCUUCACAGAUUCCUUCUGCCAUGUCGUUAAAGGACUUGCCACCAUCGCCCCCGCCACGCAUCGUCGUUCGUUCCGUCUUUGCGUACAAUCUACAAUCAGAAUUCCAUUUGAUCACAUCAAUAAUCGAUGAUUACCCUUUUGUUUCAAUGGACACGGAGUUUCCCGGCGUUGUCGUACGCCCUAACGCGGGUUAUGAUUACUUUCGCAACCAGAGCCCUUCCGAUCACUAUCUCCUCCUCAAAUCGAAUGUCGAUGCUCUGAAACUCAUCCAGGUUGGCCUCACCCUCACCGACGCUGAAGGAAAUCUCCCGGAUCUCGAUGAGAGUAACAACAACACUCGUUACAUUUGGGAAUUUAAUUUCAACGACUUCGAUCCGUCACGCGACCAGCACGCUUCUGACUCGAUCGAACUUUUGAAGCGACAAGGGAUUGAUUUCGAGAAGAAUCGUGAAUUUGGGAUUGACUCGGUGAAAUUCUCGGAGUUGAUGAUGUCUUCAGGGCUUGUCUGUAACGAGCGUGUGAGCUGGGUUACGUUUCACAGCGCUUAUGAUUUCGGCUACUUGGUUAAGCUCCUCGCUGGGCGUGUUUUGCCCGAUGAGUUGUCCAGGUUUCUCGAUCUUCUGAAAACUUUCUUUGGGGCUAACGUUUACGAUGUUAAGCAUCUGAUGAGGUACUGUGAGAGUCUGUAUGGUGGGUUGGAUCGGGUGGCUAAGACUUUGGAGGUCGAUCGGGCUGUUGGGAAGUGUCACCAGGCAGGUUCCGAUAGCUUGCUGACUUGGCACGCGUUUCAGAAGAUUAAGGUUCUUUGCAGCGGCGGACCUGAGAAGUACGCCGGCGUUCUCUACGGAUUAGAAGAGAAAGGAGAAAGGAUCAUUGUUGCAGUUGUACAUGACGCCAUGGAUGUUGUAAAUCAAAUGCAUUAGAUAUAUCCCAUGUGGACAAUGACAUGGCAUAAAACCUGCAUAAUUCAAAUCAACAAAGUUGCUUAUUUACAGGUAAAUUUUUCAAAGUGCUAUGUUUUUUUUUAAGAAAUAAUUUGGAAAUAUAAUGAUGUGAAAUGAAAGUAUAAUGCUAUAAUAAAUAGAAUUGGGAAGUAAAAUUUUAACUGUAUAUGCGAAGCAUCUUCAAAUGUAGUACAAAAGUUUUGAUAUGGAUUUUGAUUAUUAUAGUGUUCUAGCAUUUUAUUUUUUCAAAUGCGAUUGAUGUGAAUGUUUUUAAAUUUGGGAGAGUGCUUGUAUGGUGUUUGAUGAAAUGUCUAAGAGAAAUGUUGAUGUGAAUGUCUCUAAAUUAGGAAGAGUGUUUGUAAGGUGUUUGAUGAAAUGUCUAUGAGAAAUGUGGUUACAUGGUUGGCUGUUGGGUUAGUAGUUUACAGAUAUGACACCAUGUAUCUGUGCAUAUGGUUCAUAUUUAAGUUAUACCACAAUCACCACACUAUUGUAGUGCCACGUCAUCAUUUUUUCCAUCACCCCAUAAAACUAGGGGAUGUCUUCUCACACCUUACAACAUUUUUUUUAAUUGAAUGCAAUUUAAUAAAAAUGAAAUUUUAUAAAAUUAAUAAAAGGAAAAUAUUUCAUUAAUUUAAUUAAAACGAUUACAAUGAUACUUUAAAUAAAACGACCAUAUAAGAUAAAAUGACUAUUAAAAUAAUACGACUACAAAAUACAACUAAUUAUAAUUUUUUUUUUUCAUAAUAUCUGCUCUAGCCUACGAAACCAUAUCGUGUUUGUUGCUAGUGAGAUGAUCGAUUCGUUUUGUUAAAAAUUUCAAAUAAUGCAUUUUUUGGUUCUCUACACAAGUUCUUUGUUUCGCCUCUUGUGUUUUUGUUAUCUGUUACAUUUUUUCUUUCUCAAAAUUCAAACGACGCUCGAAAUUCAAGUUAUAAAAUUUUAAACUAGAAGUGACCUUUUGAAUGUCAGAGCCACUUCCAACACCUAAUGCAUUUGAUGAAAACCCUUUCUUUUUCGUCCUAUUUCUCCCUAUUGGUCGAACUACUUUUUCGAGUUCGAGCUCACCCAUGUUGUUCAAAUCAAUCCUAAAUUGCGCAUCUGAUGAAGUAGUAUAAUUCGCCUUCGAAACUUUUGUUUUUUCACCACCUUGUUCUUCUUCUUCUACAUACUCUUCAAACAUCAAUAAAUUUGAAAGAAUUUUUAGUAUCAACAAAAUAUAUUUGAAGUGCCAUCUUGAAAAAUUGUUAAUCGUUUUCCCCGUUUUUCCAUUGAGUAAGCAAGUUAUUGUGGAAUUUGGUAAUUUAUUUGUUCAUCUCUUGAAACUUGCUACAACAUUGGUGUUUUGUAUGAUAUUCCCCACAACCUAUGACAUUGAUGUGAAAAUGUGAAAUGAAAGUAUAAUGCUAUAAUAAAUAGAAUUGGAAAAUACAUUGCUAUUUAUUGCAUUUAACCUAAUUAAUUAAGUAAACAAAGUUUGAUUUUAGUUAAGUUUUUGCCAAGGGUCUAUUUCUGGACCUCUUUCACAAAAUUAAUUAUUAUUCAUGAAGUUAUUCCUUUAAAUCUUUGGAGCAUCUUCAAAAGUAUACAAAAGUUAAUGACAGACAUUUUUUUGUGACAUGGUUUUAUGAUAAUAUAAGCUUAAUUUAUCAGGUAAAAAGGUUUGACAAAAUCUUAUAAAGUUAUUAUAUUGUUGUUUCGUAGCUUACAAAUAUAACACCAUGUGACUUUCAUAUGGCUCAUAUUUAUGUCUAAUUGUAUUUGUGAUUAAUUUGCUGAUGUACAAAUAUGAAAUCCUUUGCACCUUUUUUCAUUUGAUUUCGUAGUGUGAUUAAUUUGCUG